CAUGCCUGUUCGGAUCGCACUCCGGGACUGCGAUGUGGCCGCUUCAGUGUUUGGAUGGAUUUCAUGGCAAUGUGCAGUUCCUUGGGAAUCGAGUGCUUGGGAAUCGAUCUCCCGAGGCUCUGCGAGAAGCAGCCGAGAGCACAGGCAUCUCUCUCGAUUUUGUGACCGCAUGAACCCGCGUCAUGUCGGCAUGUUGAUCCCCAACCAUCCAAGCAGCCAUCCAAGCAGCCAUCCAAGCAGCCAUCCAAGCAGCCAAGGCGAAUGGCGAUCGUAUCCAGGACGGCAAAAGCGACGCUCGAGCCGCUGCUCAAGUACCUCAGCAACAUAUACUCGGCCCAGCAACUCGAUGAGCUCCUCGAGGCAUACAGUGUGACCCGGAGAUCCAGCUUCCGACUCAACACUCUCAAGCUGUCGUCGCCCGAUGAGCAACGACAGUGCAUCGCGGAGCUGGCUCGGUCGCUGCAAGCGUCCAAGAAGACCAAGGGCGCUCGGCUUACUCCAACACCGUUCAGCCCCCUGGCCUUUGCUGUGUCGGAUCCAUCGGUCAACAUUCGGCACUUCCGUCCGUCCCCAUACUACAAAAAUGGCCAGAUCUUUUUCCAGUCGCUGUCGUCGAUGCUACCGCCGUUGGCCCUCGGGGUCGAGCCCGGGAUGUCGGUCCUGGAUAUGUGCGCUGCUCCAGGCGGGAAAACGCUGCAGCUCGCCGAGCUGGUGGGAAAGCGUGGCAGCGUCGUCGCCAACGAUAUCAACGUCAUCCGUGCCUCGAUACUUGCAAAAAACGUGGAUACUGUUCUGCCAACCAGCCUCCGGCGGCUCGUCAAGAUUCGGAUUGUUGAUGCGACAAGAAUGCGGCUCUCAUCGGCGCCGGAGAUCGACCUUUCUGCACAAACCAACGACGAGCUUCCUGACUCUGACAUGGCCCCCGUAAGCUACCCGACGGUUGAAGAAAUAGAAGAGCUGGCUCGGCAGCAUCAGAAGAUGGCGCAGGAGGACUCGAACACUCGCAACCGCAUAUUCGACCGGCCAUUCGAUGCCAUCCUCCUCGAUGCUCCAUGCACUGGCGAAGGAGUCAUCCAUCUCAGUCACCCAAGUUCAUACAAAAGCUGGAGUCGGCAAUGGGUUCUGCAACACUCGCGGUUGCAGCGCCAGCUUUUGAAGUCGGCGCAUGCCCUGCUGAAGCCCGGAGGAUCGCUCGUCUAUUCGACAUGCACUCUCGGCACGGAGGAGAACGAAGCCGUCGUCGACUGGUUCCUUAAACGAUACUCGGAUAUGGCCAUUGUCCCUCUGGGAGGAGCCAUGUCUCAAUUUGCUCCGUCACCAGCCAAGGGCAUGCCCAAGAAGGGCGUUAAUCUCUGGAACGACGGCGAUGACGACGACAACCCGCCGCAGCCGUUGCCGACCGGCUUUGGGCCUGGGAUCGUGCGGGUGCCUGGCGGACGAUUCCAUCCUUCUCUGCGCAUGGCCCUGAGGGUGUUUCCAUCGGAGGACUAUGAGGGAUUCUUUGUCUGUCGCCUCCAAAAAGCACAAUAACUUGGCAUGCAAUCGUUGGCACCCGCACAUAGACAUCACAACUCAUUUCAUGAUGGGGGGGGGCUUCAUGUUCGCCGCCUCGCACAGCUCUGUCUGGCUGGAUGUUCUUGGCAGGCCGCACAGAAUCAGAA